AUGGCACGCAUACUAUUGUAAUAAGACAAAGAAUGGUUGAGGUCAUUGUCUUUCAUAAUACAUGCAGAUCACGUCACGGCAAAAAUGAGGUCAUUUUGGAUAAGAAAAAGCUUAAAAAUUGCGUACUUUUUUAUCUUAAUUGUCGUUAUAAUAGUUUUCAGGGAAAAACGAUACAUGGGAUGCAAGGACAAGUGGCAGGUGGCAUCUAAUGCACCUCAUUUUGCCUGCAAAAUACCGAAAUUGGAUCCCUUUGCAAAAGAAAUACAUGGAUACAUGUCUACCAAGAACGUGUUCCAAUUAGUUUGUCCGAAAAAGUACUUCUCGCGAGUUAGAAAUGGACAUUUGUAUCUAAAACUAAAUGGUGUUUCGAAUGCAUACUACGAGUAUAUCAGGCGGCCUGUUAACAAUGACAACAGAGUUCAGUAUGGUGAGAAAACGAUGAUUCCUAUCGCUUCUGGGGACCUUGUUGGCUUUCAAUUGAAACUUAGCGAGGAUUUCGUAAGGGUAACGUUUACAAAGGACAAUAAAAAAUAUGUGGAAUUUCAUGCAGGGAUAGUGGAGAAGAACGACGUUUUCAAAAGAGCAAAGUUGCCAAAGAUCGAAGCAAAGUUGCCAUACAACAUAGCUUUGCUUAUGGUAGAUUCUCAAUCUGCUUCUCAUUGGAAGAGAAGGAUGCCUAAGAUUUACAGCUAUCUGAAAAACGAUACAAAUACUUUUAUAUUCGAUGGUCACACAAUUGUAGGAGAUGGAACAACAGCACAGCUAAGUGCGAUACUUGCUGGAGGAUUCGAAUGUGAUUUUGGAGAAAGUCGUCGUGGUUACAGGGGUGCCGAACCGGUUGAUAAAUGGCCGUUCAUAUUCAAAGAUUUUAUCCAACGAGGCUACGCUACAAUGUUCAACGAAGACGAUCCCUGGUUUGGAGCAUUUAGUUAUCGCCUGCUAGGAUUUGAAAAACCACCCACUGACCAUUAUAGCAGAGUAUUUUGGCUGAAUGCAAAAGUAGAUCACACCUUAGAGGGUAUAUGUCAUGGAAACAACCCAAUAUUUGUAACUAGCUUAAACUAUUUGCGAGAUUUUCACGAGAAGUACAACGCACUGCCCAAGUUCUCAAUGACUAUUUUAUCAUCGAUGUUUCAUAAUAACUUGGAAACACUUUAUAGUCUCGAAGGCCCUCUUCUGUUAUUUCUUGAAGAAAUGAAAGCAGCUGGGCAUCUAGCAGACACUGUGCUUGUUCUUUUAAGUGACCAUGGAGCCAGAUAUGGAAAUUUUCGCGAAACAUUGACAGGAAAAUUAGAAGAGAGGUUACCAUUUCUUUCUAUAACAAUGCCAUCAAAACUACUUGAAAAGCAACCGCAAUUCAAGACAGCAAUGAGACAUAAUACGAAAGUGCUUACAUCACACUUUGACCUGCAUGCAACUCUUAAACAUUUCUUUACUUAUCCAUACCAUCCCAAUGUAACUAUUGGCCAAAGUCUGUUCACAGUCAUAGACGAAACAACACGUGUUUGUGAAUCGGCAGGCGUGAAGGAACAUUGGUGUCCUUGCCUCGAAUCUACUGAACUGAACACGACAGACCCCGAAGUUAUCGCUGUUGCAAGAAGUUUUAUACAAUUCGUUAAUAGGGAAUUCUUGUGGAAGAAUCCUGAAGCAUUUCAAAAAUGUGAAAGGCUUGCAUUGAAAGACAUACACCGGGCUGCAAUGAGUAUGCCAAGAAAGGCGGUUCAAGAAUUUAGAGAAACAGCCAAAACGGCAAAAUCUGAUGAGGGGAAAGUUGUAUUUGGGAAAGGAGUGAAUUUGUUAAAAAGCUACCAAUUGGUAUUAUCCGCUUUUCCAAGUAAUGCAACCUUUGAAGUUUCCCUAAAAACGAAAGAGAAUAAAAUUUUUGACGAACCAAUAGUAAGUCGUUUGAACAAAUACGGAGACCAACCAAAAUGUUUAAAAGACAAAUACCCAAUGCUGAGGAAGUAUUGUUACUGCAAACAUCGCAGCCUAGCCUAGUUAUGCAUGGUUGCAUCUCAGAAAGUGACGUUUUAGCUUAGUAAACUUAGAAUUUUACCGGAAUGUAUCGUUGCAAAUGCAUUGGUCUACCAACCGGUCUUUGCAACUUGCAGAUAAUUAUAUUUGAAUUUCAAUUAAUGGCUGUAGACUAUCUGGGUAGACUGUUUCUUUUCGGUGAUUUUAAAGAAUCAAACGAUGCUCUUUUUUAUCUCUAUUGUUAAGUUGAAAUGGAUUACGUACAGAUUAUUUUCUAGAGGAGCUGUUUGAAGCGAGCCUAUAAGUUCCCUUUGCUUUAAAGCCAUGGUCAAAUAUUUGCGUACUUUCCUAAACACAGUUUAUACUUACGUUUUCUCUACUAGAAUUACUCCCUUUUCAGUUGUUAACUGAUAUGGAAAAUGACUCGAUCGAGCUUUAUUGUCGCAUGUACGAAGAACGCUCUUUCGAAUGUUGAUGGGCAGCCUAGAAAGCUUUUAAUGAAACUACAGCAAAUAAAUUUAAGUAAAUUUACUCGCAAAGCAGUAUCUUAGCAUCUUACAAAAUAACCUCAUUUGUAGAACAUCAAAGUUGAAUGCAAGAUGCAAGUUUAUGAUUUACGUUUAAUGCAGUUAAUGCAUGCUUAAGACA